AUGAGAAAUGGCAUCCUUGCUGCAUUCCAUGAAAUCAACUCUAUUGGGGGUGUUUGGGGCUCAAAGAAACUCAAAUUGCUCUCACUCGAUGAUAAUUAUGAUCCAGUGAGCACUUUACAAAAUACAAAUUACUUUCUUUACAAUAUUACUCCACCAAAUACUUCACUGAAUUAUGCAAAUGUGUUUUCAAGUGGUAAAUAUGAAGAUAGAAAUGUCAAUGAUGUGAAAGUUUUUGGAUUGUUAGGAUAUGUCGGCACGCCAACUGUCCAAGCAGUUUAUUCUGAUGUUGUGGCAAAGAAUGUACCACUUGUAGCUUCUUUUACAGGAGUUGGUUGGUUGAGAUAUUCUCCAUUCUAUUCAAAUGUCAUUAAUCUUAGAGCUUCCUAUGAUGAUGAGACAGCUGCCAUGAUUGACUAUCUCAUUAACGAAAAACUAAUUAGAAGAAUCUCUGUAUUCUACCAAAAUGACAGUUUUGGACUUGCUGGAUUGAGCGGAGUCCAACGUUCCCUAGUCAACUAUCUCAAUAUCCCUAUUCGUUCCACAUCUUACUAUACAAGAGGAACACUAAAUGUGGAAAAUGCAUUUCAGGAAAUUGGAGCGGGAAAACCAGCUGCAAUUAUUUGCAUUGGAACUUUUGCUCCCAUUGCCAAGUUUAUCAAGAUGGUAAAAGAUUUGGCCUUCAAUUCAACUGCCAAUCAAUACGGUUAUGAGAAACCGAGCGAAAUUAUUUUCAUGACUUUGAGUUUCGUCAGCUCAGGAGCUCUCAUUGAAAGAUUAAACUCCUUCAGUUUACCUUCGAAUAACUAUGGCAAUUCGUAUUACAUUGACAAUGUAGUCAUCACACAAGUCGUCCCCAGCCCUUUCAAUCUCUCAAUUCCAAUAGUGAGAUCCUAUCAGAAUGCAAGAAGAUCCUAUCUACUAGCCAACGAUCCAUCCUCUUACAAUUCCUUCACUCCCUCCUUUAUAGAAUUGGAAGGAUACAUGGCGGGAAGAUUGGUUUUUUCGAUAUUUCAGAAAAUGGUUGGAAAUUUAACGAGAUCCAACUUUAUUGCAACGAAUUAUUUUGGAGGGAAUAGGUUGGGAACUGAUAUUGGGGAUUCGUCAUCGACUGGUGACAGUUCAGGAGGUGUUUCACUUGUGGAUGGGAUUAGGGUAGGUCCGUAUCGUUGGUGUGAAAGUGUCAAUGUCAUGGAUUUGAAUUUACCAUAUGCGGAUAAGAUUUCAUUGAAUGUUUCGGCACUUUCGAAUACUACUUGUUCUAAUUUUAAUUGUAAUCAAGGUUUGAAAGUUGUUUACAAAAGUUCAGCUCAAAUUGAAAACUCUAAAAUUUCAUUUUCUAUUUUAGGGAAUAGUUUUUCAUGGUAUGAUUACAAGGGAGGUAUUUAUUGCAUUUCAGAUCCUUCACUUGUUAAGAAACCUCUCAUUUUCGGUCAAUCAAUCUAUUCGAAUAAGGACUAUACUGAAGAACUAAUGCUGAGAAAAGGAAUUUUAAUGGCCUUUACCAUAUAUAACCAAGGAUUGUCAAGUUCUGAUUCCAAAUUAGAACUUUUAACACAAUAUCACUCAAAUAAGGAUGAAUUAAUUUCGAAUACAAAGGAAUUCAUUGAAACUCAUGAUGCACUUGCUCUGGUUGGCUAUUCGACAGAUCACUUUUCGUUGGUAGAAAGUAGUGGAAAGAUCAAUAUUGCAACUAAUCCACAAUUUGCAAACAUUUCCUUGAUUGGAGGUGCUUCAACUAUUAAUUCAAUGAAAUUAAGAAAUCCAUUCACAAGGAAUAUCAUUCACGCACAUUCGUCCAUUUUCGAACAAUUGGCAACGAUUGUGGAAUAUUCAAUGAAUCAAGAAGCAUCUUCAAGGUUUUCAAUUAUUUACAGUAAGAGAAAUGAAGAUUCAUUUGCAGCUUUUGGAUUACUCAAUCAAAUAUUGACUGCUUUGGGUUUAGUUUUAGAUUCUUCUGCAUGUAUUGAUGGUUCGAAUAGUUAUUCAUAUGCCAGUAUAGAUUCAAUUGUUGAUAGUUUGAGAUAUAAUGGUUCUAAUCCUCAAGUUGUUAUAUUUGCAUUCCCAUCAAAUGUCGAUGUAGUUUCGUCCUUGAUUGGAGCUUUCCAAACUACUUAUCAGAAUUCACCAAAAUUUGGUCGAAACUUGGAUAUUGUUUUGAUGAAUUCCUUCUUUUCCCUUAAUGCAGAAUACGAAAUGAAAGAUUGGCUCGCUCAAAAUUACAAGAGUUUCUUCAAAGUUUCGUUUGUUUCUCAUUUAGAUUCGGUUUAUUCAUCCUCACAACUUUCCAUCGUCAAAUUCAUUCAAACCAUGAAGAAUUUCUUCCCAAACGAUUAUUCCAACUCAACUACCCUCUAUCACAACAAAGUUUUGGAAGGAUUUUAUAUUGGAAACUUGAUUACCUCUAUUCUAAUCAAUAUUGAUUCAGGUUUGACUUCAAAGGAAGUAUUGCAAACUAUUUAUGAUGUCAAGAGUUUCAUUUCUCAGCAAACGACAUAUGGUCCCUUCAGUGAAGAUGGUUGCAAUGUUGGUAUUCGUCAAAAUUAUGUUUUCACAUUCGUUUCGAAUAGUUUCUCCAAAGUUUAUACGAAAAGUUAUGAUUCAGGUUGUGGAUUAUUGGCAAGCUCUGUUGAGACAGCCAUCAAAUCAUACAUUAACACGCCAUUACUAUUUGGAUAUCUAGCUCCCUAUAGAAAAAUUGGAAAUUCUCAAAUUGAAAGACAAUUAGACUUGUUGAGCCAGGUUUCAGAUUUGGACACUUCUGGUCAUACUCAAUUUUCUAAGGGUCUAUCCACCUAUUUUAAAAAAAUUACUCAGAAAUUCAAUAAUGGAUAUUCCUCUAAAAAUAUUCAACUUGUUAUUGAAUAUUAUAGUACUGAUGAGGAGAAAUUCAAUCUUCCAAAUAAGGUAAAUUCCUUGAUUGACAAAAAUAGAGUUUUUGCAAUUAUUGGAUCAGAAUUUAUUUUUACUUCAUCUGAUAUCAGUAGAGAAUUUGAUUCUAUCAGAUCCACCCUCGAAACAAAACAAAUUCCUUGGAUUAACAGCUAUUCAGGUUCCAUGGAAUUGAGAAAACCGUACACUCCUUAUUUUGUCAAUGUUGGACCAUCUGUCGUUGAUCAAGCCAUUUCAUUCUUUAAUUAUUUCAAACAGAAUGGAACUGUCAACUUGGCUCUUGUUUAUGAAAAUGAUCCAUUUUAUACUAAUAUGGCAAUUAGUGAAAUUGUUGAAUAUUGUAGAAUUGAAUCCAUUCCAAUAAGUUUCACUCAGGGAGUUUAUAAUACAUCGAUAGCUGAUCAAAUUAUUUCAUUGUUUUCGAAUGCAAGAAUUGAGAAGGAUGUGGCAAUUAUGGUUUUGGCAAGAGAUUCGAAUAGUGCUUCGAUUAUUAAGCAUUCAAUUCUUGCUGCUCAGAAAUUGAACAUUGAUAAGAAACUCUAUUUUGGUAUUUUGAUUGAAAAUAGUGGAAGGAUAUUCGAACAAUCUCUUGUUUCCACUUCUGACCUUUCAUAUUGGAUUAGUUCAAUUUCAGGUUCUUCCCUUUCAACUUUGUCCCAAUCUGUUUUAAAUGGAGUGAAAGAAGGUAAGCUAGUAAUGGCUAGCUCAAUGGAUUCUCCAUUCCAUGACUUUUCUGGUUCAGAUAGCGCCUCUUUCGUCCAAUUAUUCAAAACCGAAACUAUUUCAUACUUUGAUUCCAAUAUUAAUCAUUUAACAUUUGAAGGUUACUCGCUUGGCCACUUUAUCGAUAUUCUCAUCACCUCCAUUGAACAAGCAAAGAGUAUUUCAGGUCAAACCUCAAACAUUACCCCUUCAGAUUUAUUGAACUCCAUUUAUAGUAAUACCGUCUUUGAUUUGAACAUGAAAAAAGUUGGCCCAGUUGGAUAUGCCUGCUCCAAUACCACAACAGCAAGUACAACUUGUGAUUCUUCCACUUCCUUGGGCUGUUCCUGUAAUGAAGGAGCUAAAAAAGUUGUCUUAUCAACUCUAACAAGUCAACCAACUGUGAAUUCUUCCGCUCUCUUCAAAUAUUCCAAUACUAUCUCAACCAAUACCUUUGGAACAUGUGGUUUGGUUGCUGUUGUUCCUUCUCUGUCUGUUGUUGCCAUUGUCAUGAUUGUCCUUUCAGGUAUUGCCUUCCUCCUUCUCAUAACAAUCAUUCCAAUACUUUCGUAUAGAUAUUAUGUAGCAAGAAAUGCCAUCAAACACGCUCCUAAAUCAAAGAAUGGUAAAUUAGCUUGUUGCUUUACCGAUAUCCAAAACUCGACUGUCUUGUGGCAAUCCAAUGAGAAAGCCAUGAGAGAAGCUUUGAUCAUUCACAACCAAAUUAUGAGAAAGAAUCUCGAUCUAUGUAAUGGAUUUGAAGUCAAGACACAGGGUGAUUCAUUCUUUGUGGUUUUCAAGAAUCCAACUGAUGCCUUAGAUUGGUGUGUCUCUGUCCAACAUGAUUUGUUGACAGCCAAGUGGCCAUCUGAUUUAUUGGGAUUGUGGGAUUGUAGACCGGAGUGGGAUAAUGCAACUAAGGAAAUAAUUUGGUCAGGAGUGAGAGUUAGAAUGGGACUUCAUUAUGGAGCUGCGGAAUAUGUCUUUGAUAAGGUUGUGAAAAGACCGGACUAUUUCGGAACUUGUGUAAAUACCUCCGCAAGAGUUGAGAGUGUGGCUAUUGGUGGACAAAUAUUGGUUUCUGAGGAUUUCUUAUUGGAAACAUGGAAAACAAACAAGUGCCGAUUGUAUUCCUUUAUCAAAUUCCUUCAGGGAAAUAACAACUCGUACGUGAGUGAAAUCAUGACUGGAUUGACCUUACAGGAGGAACAGAAUGAUAAGGACAUUGUCUCAGUUGGAGGAUCCAGUCAUAAGAGUUCUGAAUUAUCGAGAAAUUCCAUCUCAUCCAGGAAUUCCUCAGUUAGCUCAGCACAAGCUUACGAUCUUUCAGAUCCAAAUCAAGUUACAAAGAGGAAGCGAACAAGACAUGCACGUGGUUGGAGAUAUUUAGCUGAAGACAUGGGAGAAUUCACAUUGAAAGGUUUGGAAGGAACAACAAGACUUUUCCAAAUCAAGUCAACCAUCAUGGCCAAGAGAAAUUAUCCAGCAUUGAAGAGUGUGACUGUAGCUUCAUCAUCUAAACCAUUGUUGCUAUCUCAACAAAGUGCUGCAGUUUUUGGUUUGAAUGGUCAAUCAUCUAGCAAUAGCGUGACUCAGGAUAGUAAGGCAUUUAGAACACUCAUGACAAGAACGAAUACUCAAUCUUUUAGAACAGUUCCAGAUCAACAGAUUUAUCAGAGUUAUCAGGAAGAUGGUAUGGAGAAGGGACCACAAUCAAUUCCACCACAGUCUACUGUUGCAAAUCCAGAAAUUCCAAUGGAUUCAGAUUUUGAAGUGUCCAGAUUUAAAAAGAAUAGAAUUGUACCAGUAAUUACAACAACAAGUGAGAAUGAGACAAAUGAGGAGGAAUAA